AUGGGCGACUUCAGCAGCCCCGAUGGUGCUGAUACUCAGCGCGAGUUAGACACCAUUAAGCACCAUAUCAACUUUGACCAGGACCGCCCACCUCCUAUCCCCGGUCAAGAAUGGCGAAGCUACCCCGAAUUACCUACGAGUCGGGACCUCAACCCCGAUUGGGAUAAUGAGGAGCAAGUGGCCGAGAUACGAAAUCUUCUGCCUAACACAUGGAGAGAGCCAUGGAAGAACAAGAAUACUUAUCUCGAGACGCAUUACCGUCUCCAGAGGGAAGAAAGUAUCACUAUGCUACGCCACUCGAUUAGAAAACUGAAAGAUGAACCUGCCAUGAUGGAUGACGGAGAGACAUGUAUCUACACUAAAGUUUUUGUCACAGGCUACUUGAUGACCCGCCUUGGUCCUAUGUGCCAGGUCCAAUUCUCGACUGAGAGAUCUGGCAAGAAGAUCCGCUGGAGUCAGACCCGACGACUCACGGUCGGAACCUUGGUCGCCAUCUCUACCGCAAAAGAUCAUUUUAAGACGAUCUGUAUGCCCGCUAUCAUCUCGGAACACCGCAUUCGAGAUGGACUCGACCAAAAUCCACCAACAAUUUACUUUCAAUGGGCUAAUCUUAGCGAUGCCAUUAUGGAUCCGAACCAAGAACUAAUCAUGGUAGAGACGCGUUAUGGUUAUUUUGAAGCUGUUCGUCAUAGCAUGGUUGGCCUACAGCACGUCGCCAACAACGAGACCCCGCUUGAUAAGUACUUGGUCCAGGCAGACAAGAGUGAUCUCCUUGCAAAGUACGUCGAAGAUAAUCCUCUCCGGGAUGUUAGGUCACUCGUGCAUCACAUCCCAGAUUCCUCGUCAAUGACGGAGAGUGAGAAACACGCAAAGAUGGCCGAGGUGUGUGAGCCUCUUCGGAACUACUCUGUGCUCGAAGGCUUUGACGGCCAGAUUUCUCGGUAUACCAAUCUGGACAAUUCUCAGCUCAGUGCUGUACAUCGUAUCCUCACUAAAGAGUUGGCUAUCGUUCAGGGUCCUCCUGGGACUGGGAAGACAUUUACCUCGGUGCAGGCUCUGCGGAUCCUUCUGGAAAGCCAAGAGAAAGGUAGCAAUGUAAUUAUUGUCGCGGCUCAGACGAACCAUGCUGUUGAUCAAAUUUUGCUUCAACUAAUUAAUGCCGGCUUUAAGGUUGUACGGCUUGGUGGACGCACUCAGAACGAGGAGAUCAAACGUUACAGCAUGUACAACCUUCGGAAGCGCGCCAGGACGCUAUUGAACCCUCGAGCAGAUAGAGAUUUCAGAACAUUCGAGUCGGCUCGUAAGAGGAAUAUCGCAGAGUUGGAAAAGAUUAUCGACAAUGUCUUCCCCGAUAACUUGAUCGAUCCCAAGAUCUUGAGAUCUACGGGUGUGAUAUCGGAGAAUCAGCUCGAGUCUCUCCUUGCCGAACAGGAAUGGGCCGACACGCCAUCCUCACGGGACCGGCCACCCGGCCUGUUGGCGGAGUGGUUAGGAGAUCAACUAGUGAAGGCGAAGCGGCAGGACGAGGAAGAUCCCGAAUUCGAAGCAUUCGAAGACCAUGAUAGUAUUGAUAUGGACGUGGAGGAUUACGAUAUGGAGCUCGACAACUGUAUUGAUGAUGAGGAUGAGAACACUGGCCGCAUAGAAGGCAGGUUUUUGCCAAUCAAGCAUCUAUGGACAGGCUUAAAUACCCACAACUACACCGAGGACGACCUUGUCGUUCGCAGAGAGCUUCGUAAGCCGAAUCUGUGGGACGUAGACGUUAAGCAUCGCGGUGCCGUCUAUCAGUUCUGGCAGAAGGAGCUACUGUUACGGCAUCGCCAAAGGUUUCGCGACGUACUUGCCGACAACGCUCGAAUCACAAAGAAUCUCAAGGUCAACCGCUGGUACAAAGAUACACAAUGCAUCAAAUCGCAGCACAUUGAGAUUAUAGGGUGCACUACCACGGGCUUAUGCAAGUAUCGUGGCUUGCUAGCUGCCCUCCGGCCGCGCACUAUGUUAAUCGAGGAGGCAGCUGAGACACGGGAGGCAAAUAUCCUUUCGGCAUUGUACGAAUCGCUUCAGCAACUUAUUCUAGUCGGCGAUCAUCAACAGCUGGCUCCGCAUAGCGAUACGCCCGGCCUAGGGGGGGAGCCGUUCUGUAUGCGGGUGUCUAUGUUUGAACGCCUUGUCUAUCUGAAUAUGCCUUUCACCUUCCUGAACAUGCAGCGGAGAAUGAUCCCGACAUUACGUGAAAUAUUGAACCCAUUUUAUCCAGACCUUCAAGAUCAUCCCGUGGUGACCCAGGGCCAUGCUAGACCGCCCAUUCCUGGGAUGAUGUACCCUUCUUUCUUCUUCCAUCAUUAUUGGACCGAGGGCCAGGAUGAGAACUUGAGCAAGUUCAAUAUCCUAGAGGCUGAGAUGAUAAUCCACUUCAUAGACUAUCUACUCAUGAACGGUAUACCAGCAAGCCAAAUCACCGUUCUGACGUUCUACCGAGGUCAAAAGAAGAAAAUUAUCUCUCAGUUCAAGAGCAAGAUGAAACGAUGGGCGCCCUUUACGAACGUUUUCACGGUGGACUCGUACCAAGGAGAGGAAAACGACAUUAUUAUUUUGUCAUUAGUGAGAAGCAAGGGUCGUGACGGACCGCACCAAGCAGGCUUCCUCCAAGAUGAGAACCGUGGUGUUGUCUCAAUUAGUCGAGCUCGCCGCGGCUUUUACGUCUUUGGCAAUAUGCUUAAUCUGGCGCGUGCGAGCGAAACAUCAUGGAACAUGUGGGGGAAAGUACAACAAGUCUUUGAAGCGCAGGGUCGAUUUGGAGAUAAAUCUCGUUUCCCAAUCACAUGUCAGAAGCAUCACAGGACAACUUGGAUGUCGCACCCAGAAGACUGGGUUAACUGUCACGGCGGUUGCGAUCUGAAAUGUCCAGACCGGCUUAGUUGUGGCCAUUUAUGCGGACGUCAAUGCCAUUGGGCAACACAUGAUAAGCUGAUCUGUCGAGAACCAUGCGAACGAGUCCUCUCGUGUGGUCAUAGAUGCCAACGUUUUUGUGGCGAUAGAUGUCUAUGUAGCUGUGCUGACUUCACUGGCGCUUAUCCUCACGAUGAGUUUUUACCUGAGAAUGGGACCCUCGGCGUAGAGGAGCCGGGCGUGGACUACGAUAAAUCCCGUGUUGCACCAUUCAUAAGCCCGGACCAACGUCGCGCGAGUGCGGUGUUGAGUGAUAGAGGCAAUCUACGAGGUAGUCGACGCCCCCUUGGCUCCAGACCAGGACUGGGGUAUGGAUGGGCCGCCUUCGAUGCUCAAAGGGAUGAUGAGAAGACAUCAAGAGAAGCUCUAGCGGGAUCCUCUCAUCCGCUCGCCGGGACUGCGAUUCAAGACACCUUCAGGCCAGUAACAUUAGACGACCAUGGUGUGCGCAAUGUCGGGAAAGGUAUUAUUGCCAGGACUUCACCGUCACCCGAGAAGGACAACAAUGGAGUUCUUACCUUCAAGGAUGACGUAGAGACAGUUGUCCUCGGCACUAGUUCGUUGAACUUUGGUCAUGGUGGUAUCUCUAAUGCACCGGCUAAAUACGGCUCAGCCAUACCCCCAGCCCCGGGUGGCUUACGGCAACACGACACCAACGUAACGCCAUCACAGCUGCAGGCGGGAGGGAUUACCUUGGGUUCUCAUUCGCAACCUCGAGAAAGUUCGUGGUCCUCUAAUAUUACGACCGCGCCUGCAGGAUAUCGGGCUGACAAGCCGGAAUGGGAAUUACCCACUUAUAGCGACACAACCUUUGUUGCGAGGAAGAGUGACAACGAAGUGGAGGGCGAUGCUGCGGUGGGACUGAGUAGUGAUGUUGGAGAGGAGGACCUGAUUACUUUCUAA